CCCCCCGCCCCCCGCCUCUCUCUCUGUCUGUCUGUGCAGCUGCAAACUACAAAAUCUACAAGAACCAGAAGUUCAAAACCCAGUUUAUCCAUCUGUUUGCAAGUAUCAAAAGUUCAUAACCUAUUACCUAUAUCAAAACCCAGUUUAUGAAAUUUUUUAAUAUCAUUUUUUAUAUAAUUUUUUUUAAUUUAUUUUAUGAAUUUUAGUUAUAAAUAUUUGUGAAGAUAAUGACUGAAACAGGAUCUUCCUUUGCCGGAUUUGAAAAACUAAUUGGUAAAUUUGGGUGGAACUUGAGUCUUGAACAAGCUGAAGGCCCUUAUCCGCCUGUUACAUGACCCGGGUUCGAUCCCCGGCAACGGCGUAUUUUUUUUACUUUCGCUCUUUAUUUUUUUUUAAUCCUCCAUUUUAACCUUCCAAAAAACACCCCCUCUCUCUCUCUCUUUCCAGUUUAGACAGCAGCGCCGGGCUUCCAAGACUCGACACCUUUACACAGCUAGUUCUACAAUCAAGUGGUGGGUAUUGGGGAAUGAUUUCAGGUUUGCUUUGUGUUAGUGAUUGUUGCUUCACUUGAAGUGGUUACUUGAAAUCUGGAUAAUUUCGGGGAAACUUUUCUGGGAUGAAUUGCUUGUUUCGUGCAUAUUCUACGGCCAUAUUAUCAAGGACUAGUUGUUUGGUUGCAAGGAGUCCAUUGAGUAGAUUGUUCAUUCCUACAUGGAAAACAAAAUUUGAGCAUUUGUCUGUUAGAACUGUUGAUUUAGAGUUUGUGUUGUCAAGAUUUCGCAUUCAGUGCUACUCAUCUCGAAAGGGCAGCAGCAAAAGUAAGUCUACUGCAAAAAAGGUGGAUCCUAAACCGAUGAUGGAAGAAGAGAAGGAUGCAUUCUUUGUUGUGCGGAAGGGUGAUAUUGUUGGUGUUUACAAGAAUUUAAGUGAUUGUCAGGCUCAAGUUGGAUCUUCGAUAUGCGAUCCUCCUGUGGGUGUGUACAAAGGCUACUCUAUGCCCAAGGACACUGAGGAAUAUCUUCUCUCGUGUGGGCUCAAGAAUGCUCUUUAUUCAAUUAGAGCUGCAGAUCUAAAAGAGGAUAUUUUCGGCUCUCUCGUGCCUUGCCCUUUUCAAGAACCAUUUUCCUCCAAUGGCGAGACAUCUAGCAAGGAUCUUUCAAAAAAGAGAUCACUGGAAAUGCUGGAAUCAGAAGUUGAGGGAGCUGUUGGAUCAACAUCUAUUUCAAUUGAUCCCUUGAAAAAGCAUGUUAAGUUAGAUUCUCAUGUCGAGGCCCAAGCUCUGUCUUCUACUCGUUCUUGUAUUCUGGAGUUUGAUGGUGCUUCAAAAGGAAAUCCUGGACAAGCUGGUGCAGGAGCUGUGCUGCGAAAUAAUGAUGGAAGCGUGAUUUGUAGAUUGCGUGAAGGUUUGGGCAUAGCUACCAAUAAUGUUGCUGAAUAUAGAGCCGUGAUUUUAGGGUUGAGAUAUGCACUCAAAAAGGGGUUUACAAAUGUUCGUGUUCUGGGAGACUCCAAACUUGUCUGCAUGCAGAUUCAAGGUUUAUGGAAGGCAAAGAAUGAAAAUAUGUCGACCUUGAGUGAAGAGGCAAAAAAACUGAAGAAAAAGUUCCUUUCUUUCGAGAUCAGUCAUGUUCUGAGGGUAUUUUCUCACUUAAACUCUGAGGCUGAUGCUCAAGCCAACUUUGCUGUUCAACUCGCUGAUGGUCAAGUCCAGGAGGAGGAGGUAUAGUAGCUCAUAUGAAUUUACACACAAGAAAUUGUUUUGGGUCAAUAGUGGAAUCAUGUACUUGCAGUGAAGUGAUCGGUUUUUAGGAUUGAACCCUUGAGAGAAGAUACUACCGGGCUUAAUUCUCAUACCUUGAAGAUGAGCAAUGUGAAGUUUGCAUUUAAGUUGUGUUGUCGCUGAGCAGCAUUCCGAAACUUGCAGUUUCCAUUUAUGUCAUUGCAUUUUCGAAGAUGAAUUUUGUUUUUUCCCUUUUUCUUUAAUUUCAUUCUUUUGACUUGAGCUCUUGACUGGCACUAGGGGCCAAAUGGUUUUGGUUUUGGCUCUCAAUUCUUAGUAACAUGAGGAAGCUCAGUAUAUCCUAACAAUUUAAUUGUCUAUGCAAGGAAACAAUUGCUGAAGCUUUUUCUAUUUCAUUACUGUUUUCUCAUAUUUGUAUUAGAUUAAAUAACUAUUAUUUUCACUUUGCAAUUAAAUGAGAAAUACCAUCUUUUCUUUU